UCCUCUGCAAAGACAAAAAUGCUCAGGAGCGCUGGAAAGCAAGCAGCUGUCAUCAUCCGCAGACAGAUCUGCAGUCAUACCAGAAACUUUGGGACUUCCGGGUUCAAGAGGGCUACGAGCAGUCUGGUUGUAGCAUCGGCCUUUGGCGUAGGCUUCUCGGCAUUCACAGCCUAUGCAUACAGUGAGAAACCUGAUUACAGCAAGGUCAGAGAUGCAGUAAAGGCUAUCUUGGACGAGGAUGACUACGAUGACGGAAGCAUCGGGCCUAUCCUGCUGGCGUGGCAUGCCUCUGGGACUUACGACGCCAAGACAAAGACUGGUGCAAGAGAAAGCAUGCGGAAGCGACGGGGCCACCAUGCGCUUCACGCCAGAAGCAGGCAGACAGUCACAAGUCGCUCUGUCAUCCUUGACCCUCCUCUCCAUGCAGCCUUCGGAGCCAACGCUGGGCUGGCUGAGGCUCGAAAGCGAUUGGAGCCCAUCAAGGCUCAAUUCCCGGGACUGACGUAUGCUGAUCUCUGGAUCCUCGCAUCGAUUGUCGCCAUCGAAGAGAUGGGUGGACCUAAAAUUCCAUUCCGUCCUGGUCGUCGUGACCAAAUCAGUGGAGAGUGGUGUCCACCCGAUGGAAGACUUCCUGACGCUGACAAGGGAACCAAACCUGCGACCAUCGGACACGUGCGGUACGUCGCUGUGAGUCUGACGGUAGCAAGAGUGAGUGGAGGGCGGCACAGGGACAUCUUCUACCGCAUGGGCUUCAACGAUCAAGAGAUCGUCGCGCUCUUCGGAGCUCAUGCCCUCGGGCGCUGUCACACCGACAGGUCGGGAUACACCGGUCCAUGGACAAGGGCCCCAACCACCUUCUCCAACGAGUACUACCGUCUACUUCUUGAGUCUAAGUGGGUCCCCAAGUCUUGGAAAGGACCAAAACAAUUCGAAAACGAGGACGGAAAGGAUCUGAUGAUGCUUCCCACCGACCUUGCGCUGAUCGAAGACUUCCAUUUCCGCAAGUGGGUUGAAAUCUACGCGAAAGAUGAGAAGCGGUUUUUUGCCGACUUCGCCAAGGCGUAUCAGAAGCUGACGGAGCUGGGUUGCAACAAUCUGGAAGGAGGAAAGGGAUGGUUCUGA